AUGCCGCAAAAUGAAAGCGUUACUCUCCAUGAGCUGCAGUCGUCUUCGCCAGACAUCCGCGAGCAAGAUCCCGACGGCCCGGACCCCGCCCAAGAUGUAUCCUACGAAUCCAGCACAGAUCGGAACUAUACCAGCCAAAACAAUUCACAUAGGACGAGGCUCGGCCAUAUUGCAGCUUCCGAUCUGGGUGCAUGCUUUGCUAUGAGUUAUGGCGUAUUCCAGGAAUACUAUUAUGAGAACUGGACGCUGGAUGGGAGUCGUGCACAGACUGGUAUUAUCGGUACGACCCAGAAUGGGGUUAUGUAUCUCUCUAUGCCUUUCUUAUUCGCCUUGUUUACCAAACGAUGGGCUCGUUGGCGCCAGACUGCUGCUCUUUGUGGAACCGUGCUUGCUUGCCUCAGUUUCAUACUGUCUUCUUUCAGCACCAACGUAUGGCAUUUGAUUGUGACACAAGGAGUCAUGGCAGCAUUAGGAUGUGCCCUUAUCUACAGUCCAAUGACACUGUCACUUGGAGAAUGGUUUCAAGCCAGAGCCAGCAAUCAGGGCGCUGUCAACCGAGCGGUAGCAUACGGAGUCGUCCUGUCCAGCAAAAACAUCGUGGGUUCCACAUGCCCCUUUCUCUUCCGGGGUCUUCUUGACCACUACGAAUUUCGCGCUACCAUGAGAAUCUGGACAGCUCUUUUAGGCGGAAUCUGUCUUCUUGGAAUAGCUCUGAUACCCACCCAUCCUACGAGCAUGCCGAAUGCUUCGCGGACCCAUCGAACUCCCAAAAUCCCAUGGCAUUUUCUCCGCCACAAGACUUUCUACAUCUACAGCACUGCCAUUAUAUUCCAAAGCGCUGGAUAUGGUAUCCCGCAAACAUACAUCAACCAGUACGGCAAAGAGAUUACCAUGCUAUCUCAGACCUGGGCCACCCUUCUCCUCACCCUAUUCAACGUCCCCGGUAUCAUAGCCUCUUCAUUCUUCGGCUACCUGAGCGACAACAAGCUCUUCCCUCUCUCAGCAGCAACCGUGGCCUCCAUACCCCCCAUCAGCUCCGCUUGCUCUGCGUUCCUCCUCUGGGGUCUGACAUCGCAAGGUAGUGGGGGCCUAGCCCUGCUAAUCCUAUUCUCAAUCACCUUUGGCUUCUUUUCCAGCGGCUAUAGCGCCACCUGGGGCGGUUUCCUCAACGAGCUAGAGCGCGAAGCUGCACAGGCCAAUGAAGCAAUUGAUGCGGGCAUGAUGUAUGGAUUGCUGAAUGGUGCGAGGGGUAUCGGAUAUGUGAGUGGAGGUUUCGCCAGUGUGCCUCUGCUCAAAGCGGGCAGCGGUUUCAGCGGAAAGUUCGCCUAUGGCACGACUUUCGGGCCUCUUAUCAUCUUCACAGGUCUCACCUCCGUAUUGGGUGGGUGUGUUUUGAUACGGAAAUGGGAGAAACAGCUGCUUCGUAUAUUCAGUUUCGCCUGA